AUGCCACAACACGAAGACGAGCAACCAUGCCCGAAGCAAGAAGCAUCGGAUUCCUCGGUGGUGCUCUACACCACGAGCCUAAGGGGGAUCAGGAAGACCUUUGAGGAUUGCAAGACGAUCAAGUUCCUCUUGGGGAGUUUUAGGGUUGUGUAUUCGGAGAGGGACGUGUCGAUGCACAUGGAGUAUCGGGAGGAGCUCUGGGGGAUCCUAGGCGGCAGGGUGGUCCCCCCGAGGCUCUUCGUUCGGGGGAGGUACGUGGGAGGAGCAGACGAGGUUGUUGGGCUGCACGAUAACGGGAUGUUGCGGGCUAUGCUGCAGGGGAUACCCUUGGCCCCCUCCGCACGCCCCUGUGGGGCGUGCGGGGGUAUGACCUUCCUGUUGUGUGGCACGUGCAACGGGAGCAGGAGGGUUAAUGUGGCUAACGGGGCACGUGAGAGGUGCCCCGAUUGUAAUGAGAAUGGAUUGGUUAAGUGCACACUUUGUCACGUUGGUUAA